AGUCAAAAUUGAACACAUUUAUUACCACCACCCCUUAAAAUAGUUUGUUGUGUGUGUGGGGUUUGACCAGAGAACAACAAAGGGGAAGAACUAAAGAAUCAAUUCAUAGCCUCUUUGCGUACUCCCUCGAAUGUAGCGUCACUCACCGAUUCACAUCCCCAAAUUAACACCGAUUCUUCAACUCAAUUUCUCAAACAAUCAGUUGUGGGGUUUCUGUAUGAAUUUGAGAACAUGGGUGGGCUUUGUUCAAGAAGAUCAACAACAGAAGGUCAUCAUUUGGAUAACAAUAGAGGCUUGACCCAUGUUAAUGGAGUAACUUAUCAAUCUGCUGCUCCACAGGUGAAUCAUGAAUUCAUUACUUCUUCAGUUGUUGGGGAAACAAGGGGUGAUGAUGAUAAUAAUAAUAAUAUGAGAGAACCCUUUUCGUUUCCGGAGGUGAGUGGUGGUGGGUCGUAUGCAUUGGAUGAUAAUGAUGGGAUUCCGAGAUUGGCUAGGGCUUUGUCAAAUAAAUCGAGGUCCGGGAAGUCGAAUUUGGCUGCUGUUGCUAAGGUUUCAGAGGUGAGUUCACUUUUAGGUAAAGCGGGGACCGCCGGUUUUGGAAAGGCGGUAGAAGUACUCGACACACUCGGUAGCAGCAUGACGAGUUUACACCUCAGCAACAGCGGUUUCGUCUCCGGGGUUGCAACAAAGGGAAAUAAAAUAACAAUAUUGUCAUUCGAAGUUGCCAACACAAUCGUUAAGGGUGCGAGUCUCAUGCAAGCCCUUUCAAAGGAUAACAUUAAACACUUGAAAGAGGUCGUGUUGCCUUCCGAAGGUGUGCAACGCUUGAUAUCAAAAGACAUGGACGAGCUCCUUAGAAUUGCUGCAUCUGAUAAGCGGGAUGAAUUAAAAAUCUUUUCCGGAGAAGUGAUCCGUUUUGGAAACCGUUGCAAAGAUCCUCAAUGGCAUAACCUGGACCGUUAUUUUGAAAAAUUGGGAUCGGAACUAGUUCCGCAGAAGCAACUAAAAGAAGAAGCCGAAACCAUCAUGGAGCAUUUGAAGAAUUUAGUUCAGUAUACCGCCGAGUUAUACCAUGAGUUACAUGCGUUGGACCGGUUUGAACAAGAUUUUCGACGUAAGCACCAAGAAGAGGACAACCCCAAUGCUCCUCCAAGAGGGGACAGCCUUGCUAUCUUGAAGGCGGAAUUGAAGAGUCAAAGGAAGCACGUGAGAAGCUUGCAAAAGAAGUCACUUUGGUCCAAGAUUUUGGAAGAGGUGAUGGAGCAACUUGUCGACAUUGUUCAUUUCUUACACAUGGAGAUUCAUAACGCUUUUGGAACUGCUGAUACCCAAACGCCAGUAAAAAGCAACCGACAGAAAUUGGGAGCAGCUGGUCUUGCUCUCCAUUAUGCUAAUAUUAUUACUCAGAUCGAUACACUUGUUACCCGCUCGGGUUCCGUGCCUCCAAGUACAAGGGAUUCUUUGUACCAAGGUCUACCGCCUAAUAUUAAGUCAGCAAUGCGCUCCAAAAUACAUUCUUUUCACCCAAAGGAAGAGCUUACGAUCCCUGGAAUUAAAGCAGAGAUGGAGAAAACUCUGCAAUGGCUUGUUCCAAUUGCAACAAACACAACCAAAGCUCAUCAUGGCUUCGGCUGGGUUGGAGAAUGGGCAAAUACAGGAUCCGAAGCGAACCGAAAACCAUCGUGCCCGGUUGACUCAUUGAGAAUAGAGACUCUCCACCACGCAGAUAAGGAAAAAACCGAAGAAUGUAUACUUGAACUAGUCGUUUGGCUUCAUCAUCUCGUCUGCCAAUCAAAGGCUAUGAACGGCGGAAUGCGAUCACCUGUUAAAUCUCCGAUUCGGUCCCCAAAUCAAAAGGGAAUUCAAAUCUCACCGAACCGGCCCAACUCCCCCUUGCCGACACUCACAACCGAAGACCGAGAGAUGCUUCGGGACAUAAGCAAACGAAAAUUGACUCCCGGAAUUAGUAAAAGCCAAGAAUUCGACACCCGAAGCAGGUUAAGCAAGCACCAUAGGCUAACCAAGAGUAGUAGUCAUUCCCCAACGCGGGAGAUUAAGCGGGACCCGUUUCCGAUCAAGAGACCGUCAUCUGUUCCGAUUAUCAACUUUGAUAUUGAUAGGAUCAAGGCUUUGGAUGUUAUAGACCGAGUGGAUGACAUUAAGACUGUGUGAGUAAACAAUGUUAUGAGCGGUUUCCGUCUUCACUCGGUUGAUGUUAAAACCUAGUCGUGUCGAGUUGAGUUGAUGUUGGUUGGAUAGAUUUUUUUUUUUUUUGUUUUAGAGUUUGCAUUUUGCACAUGAGUCUUUAUGUACAGAAAUCUGCACUUUGUGUCAUAAUUGCAAAGGUAUGUUCAUCUUUUUUUCUUGUUUUUAGUCAUUUUAUUAUAAUAUCAUUACUUU